CCGGUGCCUGCAGCCCACCCUCCCUCCCGCACAGCCCGGCUGGAACGGGAGAGGCGGACGGCAGGCCCGGGUGGGCCGGGGUCCCGUGGGCGCCCUCCCCUUCCUCCCCGAUUGCCCGCCACGGCGCCCGCCGGGCUUUCCCCCCCGGAACCCGGUACCAGCGGGGCGAACGGCUCCCCCGGUGCUUUGUGUAUGUUCAGAGACGAGAUGAUGAAAGCAGGAGGGCAAACGGCCAUGGAGAUGGAACAGGCCGAUGGCUGCUCGUCAGCCUGCCAGAGGGUCCCCGGACCUCGGGAUCACGGACCCGGGUAUAUACAAGCUGAACCACCAACCAACAAGUCUCUGUCUAGCCUGGUUGUACAAUUACUACAAUUUCAGGAAGAAGUUUUUGGCAAACAUGUCAGCAAUGCACCGCUCACUAAACUGCCUAUCAAAUGUUUUCUAGAUUUCAAGGCAGGAGGUUCCCUGUGCCACAUUCUUGCAGCUGCCUACAAAUUCAAGAGUGACCAGGGAUGGCGGCGUUAUGAUUUCCAAAAUCCAUCACGCAUGGACCGCAAUGUGGAAAUGUUCAUGACCAUUGAGAAAUCAUUGGUACAGAAUAAUUGCCUGUCUCGACCUAACAUUUUUUUGUGCCCAGAAAUUGAGCCCAAACUGCUAGGGAAAUUAAAGGAUAUUAUCAAAAGACACCAGGGAACAGUCACUGAGGAUAAGAAUAAUGCCUCCCACGUUGUGCAUCCUGUCCCAGGGAACCUAGAGGAAGAGGAAUGGGUACGACCAGUCAUGAAGAGGGAUAAACAGGUUCUUCUGCACUGGGGCUACUAUCCUGACAGUUACGAUACUUGGAUCCCUGCCAGUGAAAUUGAAGCUUCUGUAGAAGAUGCUCCUACUCCUGAGAAGCCUAGGAAGGUUCAUGCCAAGUGGAUUCUGGACACAGACACCUUCAAUGAAUGGAUGAAUGAGGAAGACUAUGAAGUAAAUGAUGACAAGAACCCUGUCUCCCGCCGAAAGAAGAUUUCAGCCAAGACAUUGACAGAUGAGGUCAACAGCCCAGAUUCUGAUCGACGGGACAAGAAGGGUGGGAAUUAUAAGAAGAGGAAGCGUUCCCCUUCUCCCUCACCAACCCCAGAAGCUAAGAAGAAGAAUGCUAAGAAAGGUCCUUCCACACCUUAUACCAAGUCAAAGCGUGGCCACAGAGAAGAGGAACAGGAAGACCUGACAAAGGACAUGGAUGAGCCCUCUCCAGUUCCCAAUGUAGAAGAGGUGACGCUGCCCAAGACAGUCAACACUAAGAAGGAUUCAGAGUCAGCUCCAGUCAAAGGAGGCACCAUGACUGACCUGGAUGAACAGGAGGAUGAGAGCAUGGAGACCACGGGCAAGGAUGAGGAUGAAAGCAGUACGGGGAACAAGGGGGAACAGACCAAGAAUCCAGACUUGCAUGAGGACAAUGUGACUGAACAGACCCACCACAUCAUCAUUCCCAGCUACGCUGCCUGGUUUGACUACAACAGUGUUCAUGCCAUUGAACGGAGGGCUCUCCCUGAAUUCUUUAAUGGCAAGAACAAGUCCAAGACUCCAGAGAUCUACCUGGCCUAUCGAAAUUUUAUGAUUGACACUUACCGGCUGAACCCCCAGGAGUAUCUCACCUCUACUGCCUGCCGCCGAAACUUGGCGGGUGAUGUGUGUGCCAUAAUGAGAGUCCAUGCCUUUCUGGAGCAGUGGGGUCUUAUUAACUACCAAGUGGAUGCUGAGAGUCGACCAACCCCAAUGGGGCCUCCUCCCACCUCUCACUUCCAUGUCUUGGCAGAUACACCAUCAGGGCUGGUGCCUCUGCAGCCCAAGACCCCACAGGGCCGCCAGGUUGAUGCUGAUACCAAGGCUGGGCGGAAGGGCAAAGAGCUGGAUGACCUGGUGCCAGAGACGGCUAAGGGCAAGCCAGAGCUGCAGAGCUCUGCUUCCCAGCAAAUGCUCAACUUUCCUGACAAAGGCAAAGAGAAACCAACAGACAUGCAAAACUUUGGGCUUCGAACAGACAUGUAUACAAAGAAGAACGUACCCUCCAAGAGCAAAGCUGCAGCCAGCGCCACUCGAGAAUGGACAGAACAGGAGACCCUGCUACUCCUGGAGGCCCUGGAAAUGUACAAGGAUGACUGGAACAAAGUGUCUGAGCACGUGGGAAGCCGCACCCAGGACGAAUGCAUCUUGCAUUUUCUUCGCCUUCCCAUUGAAGACCCGUACCUAGAGGACUCAGAGGCCUCCCUGGGACCCCUGGCCUACCAGCCCAUCCCCUUCAGUCAGUCGGGCAACCCUGUUAUGAGCACUGUUGCCUUUCUGGCUUCUGUUGUGGAUCCCCGAGUCGCCUCUGCUGCUGCGAAGUCAGCUCUAGAGGAAUUCUCCAAAAUGAAGGAAGAGGUCCCCACAGCCUUAGUAGAGGCCCAUGUUCGGAAAGUAGAAGAAGCAGCCAAAGUGACAGGCAAGGCAGAUCCAGCCUUUGGUCUAGAAAGCAGUGGCAUUGCAGGAACCACCUCUGAUGAGCCUGAGCGCAUUGGCUCAGAAGAAAGUGGGACUGAUGAGGCCCGGACAGAGAACCAGGCUGCAGAUGAGAAGAAGGAGCCCAAGGAACCCAGAGAAGGAGGAGGGGCUAUAGAGGAGGAAGUGAAGGAGAAAACCAGUGAGGCUCCCAAGAAGGACGAAGAGAAAGGAAAAGAAGGUGACAGCGAGAAGGAGUCAGAGAAGAGUGAUGGGGAACCAAUAGUUGAUCCUGAGAAGGAGAAAGAGCCAAAGGAAGGGCAGGAGGAAGUGUUGAAAGAAGUGGAGUCAGAGGGAGAGAGGAAGACGAAGGUGGAGCGGGACAUUGGUGAAGGCAACCUCUCCACUGCUGCUGCUGCCGCCCUAGCUGCUGCUGCAGUUAAGGCCAAGCACUUGGCUGCUGUUGAGGAGAGAAAAAUCAAAUCUUUGGUGGCCCUGUUGGUGGAGACCCAGAUGAAAAAGUUGGAGAUCAAACUGCGACACUUUGAGGAGCUGGAAACGAUCAUGGACCGGGAGCGAGAAGCACUCGAGUAUCAGAGGCAGCAGCUCCUGGCCGACAGACAAGCUUUUCACAUGGAACAGCUGAAGUAUGCCGAGAUGAGGGCCCGGCAGCAGCACUUCCAGCAGAUGCAUCAGCAGCAGCAGCAGCCACCCCCAAACCUGCCCCCAGGCUCCCAGGCCAUACCCCCCCCAGGGGCUGCUGGGCCACCCUCAGUGCAUGGCCUGCCUGUGGCUCCAGCCUCCAUAGCCCCUGCUCCUGCUGGCAGUGGGGCCCCUCCCGGAAGCUUGGGCCCUUCUGAACAGAUGGGGCAGACAGGGUCAACGACAGGGCCACAGCAGCCACAACCAGCUGGAGGCCCCCAGCCUGGGGCAGUUCCACCAGGGGUACCCCCCCCUGGACCCCACGGCCCCUCACCGUUCCCCAACCAACAAACUCCUCCCUCAAUGAUGCCAGGGGCAGUGCCAGGCAGCGGGCACCCAGGCGUGGCGGGUAAUGCUCCUUUGGGUUUGCCUUUUGGCAUGCCGCCUCCUCCUCCUCCUGCUCCAUCCGUCAUCCCAUUUGGUAGUCUAGCUGACUCCAUCAGUAUUAACCUUCCCCCUCCUAACCUGCAUGGGCAUCACCACCAUCUCCCGUUUGCCCCGGGUACUCUCCCCCCACCUAACCUGCCUGUGUCCAUGGCGAACCCUCUACAUCCUAACCUGCCGGCGACCACCACCAUGCCAUCUUCCUUGCCUCUUGGGCCGGGGCUCGGAUCCGCCGCAGCCCAGAGCCCUGCCAUUGUGGCAGCUGUUCAGGGCAACCUCCUGCCCAGUGCCAGCCCACUGCCAGACCCAGGCACCCCCCUGCCUCCAGACCCCACAGCCCCAAGCCCAGGCACAGUCACCCCUGUGCCACCUCCACAGUGAGGAGCCAGCCAGCCACCUGUCCCUCUCACCUUCCCUGUGGAGAUCACAGUUCCAGGAACAGCCCUCCCCCACCACUGGAACCCUCCCCCAGCCUGGAGAGCUCAUCACUACGUAAGGAAAGCUCCUCCUACCCCUCCACAGCCCCCACCAUGCCCAGCAGAGGCAUGCAUUUUUAUAUUGGAUGAUUCAAGGACUUCUGCUUAAAUAGAUGUUUCUAAUGUCUGGGAGUGAGGAGAGGACAGGAAUCCUGCCUUUAAAGGAAGGGCCGGGGAAAGGUGUUUAUACAAAGUUCUACUUAACCACUUCUAAGGGUGCACCCUCUUUAAAACUACUACUUUUUUUAUGGAUACAAAGAAAAUUAAGCCCUUUAAAAGGAAGUACAGAGAGAUUUUAAAAAGCCACAUUGGAGAUCCCUUCAGUCCACUAAAAAAAUAACCAACUUCUACCUUUUUUUUUUUUUUUUUUUUUUUUUUUGAGGAGUGAGGAUGAGUUUUAAGAAAAGGGAAGUAAGGUUCUGAGUUGAGCUCCGGGGAGUGAAAUAGGGUGCCAAGCCUAUCUCCUCAAGCUCCUCGGUAGCCAACUCCCUCUACCCACUCCACCAGUUCAUCACUCUGAUCUCUCCUGCUGCUUCCUCAGUGUUGCUGUUUAGGCCGCUCAGCUCAGCCAAUAACCCCUUUCCCUCUGAAUGUCAGUUUUGUGUUUGUUUUUAAAAGUCAUCUGCUUA